CAAUUAACAGCUGGAAAGAAAAUGAAAAUGUCCGGACUAAGGCACACCUACAGAGGACUCAAGUCCAUUCCAACUACCCGCCAAUUGUCCCGGGCGGUGGCCAAUGGCACUCAACAACUGCUUCCUCGGCCGCGGCCCACCACCGGAGUCCGAAACAUUUCUUCUGCUUCUACCUGGGCACAAACACAACCCACGAAGAUUGCGCCUGCAAGUGUCAGGCACGCUUCUUCGUCUAGCUCAAGUUUGAAUAAAACACAAUUAUAUGAUCUUCAUCUUGCCCAUGGCGCCAAGAUGGUGCCCUUUGCGGGCUAUGAUAUGCCGUUGCAAUACAGCGAUCUCUCACACGUGGACAGUCACCAGUGGACGAGAGAGAAGGCAAGCUUGUUUGAUGUCAGCCAUAUGGUCCAACACCGUCUGACCGGCCCUGGAGCUCUUCCUCUCCUACAGAAAGUCACUCCCUCUUCUCUUGACAAGCUGGGAAACAACCAAUCAACCCUAUCAUGUCUCCUUGAAGACGGUACUGGCGGAAUCGUUGACGACACCGUCAUCACCAGACUGGGCCCUGAGAGCUUCUACUUCGUCACCAACGCCGGACGACGUGAGGAAGACCUGGCCUUCCUCACCGCCGAAAUUGACGCAUAUCGCACUGAGUACGGGCCCGACACCAUCAAAUGGGAAAUUCUCAGCGACCGAGCUCUCGUCGCCCUCCAGGGCCCUCUCGCCGCUUCCGUCCUACAGUCCUUCAUCUACACCGACGGUGAGGACCCAGCAUCAAGCGAUCUCAACACCCUCUACUUUGGCCAAUCGCGCGAGCUGUACCUGAAACUCGCAGACGGCUCCAAGACCGCGCAUAAACUGCUCAUCUCACGCACCGGUUACACAGGCGAGGAUGGCUUCGAAAUUUCCAUUCCAACCUCCGGCUCCCCUUCUCUGCCCGCCCAGGUCACCGAGCUCCUCCUCUCACAGCCUGACCAAGUGCGUCUCGCGGGUCUCGCAGCCCGUGACUCUCUACGCCUCGAAGCAGGCAUGUGUCUUUACGGCCACGACAUUUCGACCGCCCACACGCCACCUGUGGCAGCAUUAGGCUGGGUGGUUGGCAAAGAGCGCCGCGACGCCAGUUCACCAGCCUCGCAAUUCAACGGUUCCUCCGUGAUCCUCCCACAACUCGCAUCCCCCUCCAAGACUAUUUCUCAGCGCCGCGUCGGAUUCACGAUCGAAAAGGGCGCGCCGGCUCGUGAGGGGGCUAUUGUUGUUGAUCCAAACGACAGCAAGGUGCAGAUCGGCGUGAUAACGUCUGGCCUGCCCAGUCCGUCAUUAGGCGGAACGAAUAUUGCCAUGGGGUAUAUCAAGCAGGGACUGCACAAGAAGGGGACGGGGGUGGCUGUGCUCGUGCGCAAUAAACUGCGCAAGGCGACGGUGACGAGUAUGCCCUGGGUGGAGAGUAAAUUCCACCGUCCUACUUAACCUAUAGAUUUCUUGUCUUCGUGCCGUGGUUUGUACAGCAUUUUAUUAUGAUUCUGUGGAGUUUUUUCUAUGAUUGUUAUGUAACAUUCAACAUGAGCAGAGUAUAUCUACGAUGACGAUUUGGUUUCAUCAAUCAGUCUAUCUCAAUAGUUUGCAUUUACACUUCGAACAUUAAAAUUCAGCUUUUCUAGUCAGUAUAAUGACGCAUGAGUGUAUCGCUACCCGGUAACUAAUAGAACAAGACAUAAAAUACUAUGCCUUUCUAC